UGUGGUUAUUUGCAAGUUAGCAUGGCUACCCUUCCCAACGAUUCCAGUAUUAUUGCACCCUACUCAACUACAUAUGGUGCGAAUAGAAUCAUUAAUUGCCAGGUUGUCGAGAAUAUUACAGUUGCACUUCCGGAGGAUAUCAUGAUGUUGAUCAUAAGCAAGUUGGACUUGUUGGACUUCCAUUGCUUUAGUUCAGUAUGCAAAUCCUGGAAAUCAAUUGCCAUCGCUGCCAAGAAAAUUAUGCCACCUCAACUCCCAUUGCUAAUGCUUUCCUCCUCAGAGGAUCAGGAUCAUCAUGAUGGGUUUUUCAGUCUCUCCCAUAACAAAGUUUUCAGGUUAAAAUUGCCACCUGAAGUUGAUGGUGCUCGGUGUUGUGGGUCUACCUGGGGAUGGUUAGUAAUGGUGACUAAGUUGGGACGCCAUUUCCUUUUGAAUCCAUUGUCCGGAGAUCUAAUUGAACUUCCACCUAAAGCUACUCUUCCUGCGCACCGUCAAGGAGUUAUAUAUAAGUUGCAUAAAUUUGGGUCAUUCUACAACUACAUCCGCAAGGCUAUGUUGUUGUCACCUCCUAUUGCUGACGAUUUUGUGGUCAUAGUGAUUUAUUGUGGAAAACGUUUAGCCUUCUGUAGAGGAGGUGAUGAGACGUGGACUGCCAUUGGAUAUAUGGAGACUGAAGACAUUAUUUUCUACCAUGGAAAAUUGUAUGCUAUUAAUCGGGGAUUUAAUCUCAUAACUGUGGAGUUAGGUCCUCGUCCGAAAGUAACAAGUUGUAGCAUUGCUCCACCAUCAACCGAAGCAUCUAACUUUUUCAUUUUGAGUAAGAUAUCUGUUUAUUUGGUAGAAUGUCUUGGAGAGUUGUUGAUGGUUAUAAGGUAUCGUAAAUUUGUGGAUUCAAAUAUGUCCAAAACUAGUAUGUUCAACAUAUUCAAAUUAAAUACAGAGGGUAAAUGUUGGACCAAGGUGAAGGACUUGGGUGAUCAAAUGCUAUUUAUUGACAAAAGUAAUGGUUUCUCUCUCUCGGCACCUGACUACUUUGGAUUUAGAGGAAACUGCAUAUAUUUCACAGAUGAUUUUUCUAGCAAGUUUGGAUCGACAACUUGCAAGAAUUUGGGUGUGUUUAGAUUGGAAGAUAACUACAUUGAAUUUUUUUCUUCAAAUUAUUUGCAUUCGUAUCUAUAUCUGCCCAUAUGGUUCACACCAAUUUGGUAGAGAGAGAGGGUUUGGGGCACAAUUGUUGAGAUAGUAUCCGGUAUCUAAUUUAUGCCUCUUUUGA